CGGGAGGCGGGCGGGAGACGGGCAGGGGAGGAGUCCCGCGGACGGGCGGGGCCGCCCGAGCUGCUGGGCCGUGCAGGGCGCAGAGCCGGGGAAACGCUGCUGAGACUCGGCUCUGUGCGCCCAGGAGCGGCUGAUGCUCGUCCGCGCUCCCCACUCUGCUACAGCAGCCGGGCCGCAUCUGGACUGCGUGCUCCGCGGCGGGGCCGACAGCAGGCCACAAUGCUGCUUGGGGCGUCUCUGGUGGGGCUGCUGCUGUUCUCCAAGCUGGUGCUGAAACUGCCCUGGACCCAAGUCGGCUUCUCCCUGCUCUUCCUCUACCUGGGGUCUGGCGGCUGGCGCUUCGUCCGAGUCUUCGUCAAGACCGUCAGGCGUGAUGUCUUCGGCGGCCUAGUGCUCCUGAAGGUGAAGGCCAAGGUCCGACGCUACCUGCGGGAGCGGCGCACGGUGCCCAUCUUGUUCGCCUCCACGGUCCAGCGCCACCCGAACAAGACGGCCCUGAUCUUCGAGGGCACGGACACCCACUGGACCUUCUGCCAGCUGGAUGACUACUCAAGCGGCGUGGCCAACUUCCUGCAGGCGCGGGGCCUGGCUUCGGGCGACGUGGUCGCCCUCUUCAUGGAGAACUGCAAUGAGUUUGUGGGCCUGUGGCUGGGCAUGGCCAAGCUGGGUGUGGAGGCGGCGCUCAUCAACACCAACCUCCGGCGGGACGCACUGCGCCACUGCCUGACCUCCUCCCAGGCCCGGGCCCUCAUCUUUGGCAGCGAGAUGGCCCCAGCUGUCCUUGAGAUCUGUGCCAGCCUGGACCCCUCCAUCAGCCUCUUCUGCACCGGUCCCUGGGAGGCCAGCGCAGUGCCCGCCGGCACGGAGCACCUGGACCCCCUGCUAGAAGAUGCCCCCAAGCACCUGCCCAGUCACCCCAACAAGGGCUUCGUAGAUAAGCUCUUCUACAUCUACACGUCAGGCACCACAGGGCUGCCCAAAGCUGCCAUCGUGGUGCACAGCAGGUAUUACCGCAUGGCUGCCCUGGUGUACUACGGCUUCCGCAUGCGGCCCGACGACAUCGUCUACGACUGUCUCCCCCUCUACCACUCUGCAGGAAACAUCGUGGGAAUCGGGCAGUGCCUGCUCCAUGGCAUGACGGUGGUGAUCCGGAAGAAGUUCUCAGCUUCCCGCUUCUGGGACGAUUGUAUCAAAUACAACUGCACAAUCGUGCAGUACAUCGGCGAACUCUGCCGCUACCUCCUGAACCAGCCACCCCGGGAGGCGGAAAACCGGCACCGGGUGCGCAUGGCACUCGGCAACGGCCUCCGGCAGUCCAUCUGGACCAACUUUUGCAGCCGCUUCCACAUUUCCCAGGUGGCCGAGUUUUACGGGGCCACGGAGUGCAACUGCAGCCUGGGCAACUUCGACGGCCAGGUGGGGGCCUGUGGAUUCAACAGCCGCAUCCUGUCUUUCGUGUACCCCAUCCGGCUGGUUCGUGUCAACGAGGACACCAUGGAGCUGAUCCGGGGGCCUGAUGGCGUUUGCCUUCCAUGCCAGCCAGGUGAGCCGGGCCAACUGGUGGGCGCCAUCGUCCAGCAGGACCCCCUGCGGCGCUUCGACGGCUACCUCAACCAGGGCGCCAACAACAAGAAGAUUGCCAAGGAUGUCUUCAAGAAGGGGGACCAGGCCUACCUCACCGGUGGGUGGGCACCUCUCCCUAGGCCUUUGCCGCCCCUCGGGGUCGGGGGGGAAGGGGCCUUUCACCACCCUCCGAGAGCACCUCCCCGGGAACCCCCGGUACCCAGCUCACCCAGCUCCCCUCUAGGCGACGUGCUGGUGAUGGACGAGCUGGGCUACCUGUACUUUCGGGACCGCACGGGGGACACCUUCCGCUGGAAAGGCGAGAACGUGUCCACCACGGAGGUGGAGGGCGCGCUCAGCCGCCUGCUGGCCAUGGCCGACGUGGCCGUGUAUGGCGUCGAGGUGCCAGGAACCGAGGGCCGGGCCGGCAUGGCCGCUGUGGCCAACCCCUCCGGCAGCUGUGACCUGGAGCGCUUAGCCCAGCUCCUGGAGAAGGAGCUGCCCCUGUACGCCCGCCCCAUCUUCCUGCGCUUCCUGCCUGAGCUGCACAAAACAGGGACCUUCAAGCUACAGAAGACAGACCUGCGGAAGGAGGGCUUUGACCUAACAGUUGUGAAAGACCCACUGUUCUACCUGGAUGUCCGGAAGGGCCGCUAUGUCCCUCUGGACCGAGAGGCCUACACUCGCAUCCAGGCAGGCGAGGAGAAGCUGUGAUUUGCCCCGAGUCCCUCUGAGGGCCACCGGAUGCUGGACCCAGAGCACCAGCUCCCACCCCAGAGGGUUCCUGGGCAAAGCCAGACCAAAGCAAGAAGGGCCUGGCCUCACAACCCCGAGGUGCCGACCCCCACCCCUCAAAACUGCCAAGGGACUCACUGCUGCCUCCCCCUCCCCCCAAGGCUUUCUGUGAAAGCCUCAUCUCCAUGUUGUGUCUUCAGGGGGCCUCUGGGCCCCAGGCUGAGACUGAGACUGGGCCCCUCAGGAUGAUGUCUUAGGGCAGGACAGGGGAGGUGGAGGGUCACCAAGCACUCUCCAGAGAACAGGCAGCUUGUAAACGGGACCAGGGCAGAAGCCCCCAGACCCAGGAAGCCAGCAGAGUGGGCGGGGGCAGCAGUGGCUGUUGAUCAGGUGUCCGAAUAGGAUCCAGGCCCUGGAGCCACUCAAGCGUCCUCAGCCCUGCCGGUGCCUCUAGGAGGGCAGGAGAGGGACUGACCUGUAGGAGGCAGCCUGGACCUGUAGCAGGCAGCCUGGACGGGGCACCCGUCUCAUCCCCCUCUCUCUGGGUGCCUGCCUGGCUAUCCCUCAGGCAGGGCCUCUCUGUCUUUGUGGAUCUGUCCUUGUCCCCUCCUCCGUCUCCGUCCUGGCCUGGCUAUGAAGGGAGAAGGGGUGGGGGGCGCUCAGGGGCCAAUAAACUCUGCCUUCCUCCCCCUGCCCGUGUGAUGCCACCUGAGCUCACCCCAUCCUGCUCAGGCCCCAGCUUCUGCCCCAUUCACUCCUCCAUUCAUCCGUUCAUUUGGACUGAGGGAUAUAGCAGGUUAUCUUAGAUGGGGGGCAGUUCCCACCUGAGCCUGGCAGGGUGUUUUAACAGCAUGAUCUUGAGAGUCUAAACCAGCUGUGUCACGAGCUUGCGCGUUGGGCAAGUGACUUUGUUGUCUCUGUGACAAGGGAAUGAUCAGCUAGGAUUCAGAGAGCUAAAGGGAGCCAGUAUGAGGAAAGGGCUGUUCAGAGCCGUUGAGGGAGGAAACCCUAACCCAGCACAGGGUCCCAUCUCCAGACCCUUGCCCAUGCUGUUCCUUCUGCCAGGGGUGCAUUUUCCCAGGGGGUUUGGCAGGGGGGCUGUGCAAGGCAGAGCAGGGCUGCCUAACCGGCUGGGUAGAGUCUAGGAAAGCUUCCUGGAACAGUGUUUGCAGAGCUGUCAGCAGUGCCAGCGGAGGGCCAGCUGUCCCCUAGGGCCCAGCCCCUGGAGUCGCACGCAGGCUGGAAAUGUGCACAGCCCAAUGGAAAGGGGGUCCACCCCAAGCCAGGGCAGCAGGCAGCGUGUGUGCCCCAGGGCGUCAUCUUCACUAUUUAACCCUCAGCACCGUCUGUCACUUGACUGAGGUCACACAGCAAGUAGUGGGGACUGGAAUGCCAGCCCCAGCCCCUUGCCCUUCCCGCUGCUCCUUGGUGCAGAAGGCAACAGGAAAGCAGAUGAGCUUCCAUUCCACGCAUGCUUGUGGAGCCAACUGUGAGCCACACCCCAGGCCAGCAGCUGACUGGGUGGUGGGUGACCAGGGUGAGAAAUCUGGGGUGCCUCCUGGGGGAGUGACCUUUGAAAGAUAGUGGAGUCUGGUGCCACUCUUGGGAGAAGAGGGAGGCAGCGCUGGAGUUGGCCCCUGGAGAGCGAGGCUGAUGCGGGUGGGGUUUGGGAGUGGCAGGCAUGGCUGCAGUGCCCUAGUGUGACCAGCAGAGGGCGCACGGGUCCUGUAGAAUCCAGUCCAGCCUUUGGCGCUCAGCCAAGGGAAGCUGGAAGGAGGGAGUGCAAGUCCCCACUUCACCCCCAGCGGUACUCAUCCCAGAGGACUCUGUGGUGGGCCUUUGAUCAGGCUCCCAAGGGGCUGGACUUGGCUGACAGUGAAGCUUUGUGUCUUUAACCCGCAGCAAUGACUGCUCUCCGACGGGAAGGAGCCCCCCAGUGGUCCCUGUUCCUUUCCCCUGGUUGAACACAGUCACCCAGAGGCAGUAAGGAGUGGUGGUUAAAAGCUCCUGCUGAGGAGCCGGUCAGGCCUGAGUUCAAGUCCAUUUGCCAGGCUAGGCCUCAGUUUCCUCUCCCAUAAAUGGUGGUCUAGGAAUCCCUACCUCGGGACGAUUGUGAACGUGUAAUGAGAUCGUGCUUGGAAAUCUCUCAGCACGGGGUCUGAUGCUGAUAGCUGUGCAGUACGUGGUAGUUAAAAGAAAAAAGGAGCAGUGUUGAGGUGUUAAGACCCCAGACUAGGCCCGUUUCCCACUUCUGCACCAGCACCCGCCCCCAGCCCCUCCAUGAAGGGACGGGGCUGGUGGGCCCCUGGGCCUUGCAGCUCUCCUGUCUGCCUUUGGUCAUCCCAAACCAUGGCUGUGUGAGUCAUCCCCCGCCACCCCCCACCCCCCGGGCCUGCAGUCGGUGCUCAAUACCUGCUUGUGAAGUUAAGGAUAGCUACUGUUUACUGGGCAUUUCCUGACAUUUACAUAGCACUUCACAGUUUACAAAGCACUGUGUAAGUACAUCAACUGAGCAGAUGCUAAAGCCCUACUCUGUGCAGGGGGGCGGGGCAUGGUCAGAUCUGCCCUCAGGGAGCCCACUAUCUGGGGCAGAGGAGAAGGUCCUAGCCAGUCAAGAAGCAAAGGGUGUGUGCUUAGCUGCACCCUAACCCAGAGCCCUGGUCGGCGUGUGGGGGAGGUGAGGAAGUCGCGUUUCAUGGUCACAGAGGCUUUUCACGGAAGAGUCAUCCAAGAAUAGGAGAGGGAAGAAUGGCCCAGACAGAAGGAGCCACAAAACAUAAAGGCCUGGAGGUGAAGGGCAGGGAAGGGCGAGCAGGGCAGAUGAAAGAAGGGCAGUGAGGCUGCAGCGGUGGGACUGGGGGGAGAGUUGAGGCCAGGUAUGCAGAGUGAAUCCUUUGUGGGCGUUUCUUGCACACUUGAGGACUGGGGGCUCAGCUAGGAAAUCCUUGUAUCAGGCCAAACCCAUUGCCUUCGACUUGCUGACAGCCACCACAUGUGGAGCACUUCCUAUGUGCAGGACGUGAGGCCAAGCACUUGAUGUGCGUUAUUUCAUUAAAUCCGUCACACAGAGCAGCUACAAUUUUUACCCGCACUCCACAGAUGAGGAAUCUGAGGCUCAGAGAAGCUAAGUCUCUCCACAGACCACAGGGCCUGUGAAUAGCAGUGCUGGGAUGCAAGCCCCCUUCCCAGAGCCUCAGUGUUCCCAUCUGCAGGCUGGGCCGGGGAGGCUGGAAGGGGCCUGCCUUGAGCGUCCCAGAGGUCCUACCACCCUUAGACAGGCGAGUGGCUGUCCAGGCCAGUGCUUGGUGUAUCACUUUCAAUCCCUGAGAAGAAGGUUAAAUACCUCUGAGGGGCCUAUUGAGGCGCUGGCGGCAAGGGAAGGGGCGACCGAGUGACUUUCAAAGGGGCCUGAAUGCGUGGCCAGCCCUCCCCUGGAGGAGGGGGCCCUGCUUCCUCCCAGCCUAAUGAUAUUCUGGGCUCAGCCCUCAUCUUUGGCGGCAGUUUAACCCGAGCCGGGGAGGAUUUCUUUCUCACUGAUCUCAGCUUGACACCCAAUUAGCACAAGAAUGGGAGGUGGAAGCCUGCAAGAGGCGCCUCCCAGCCUCCCGGGGCGCAUGAGGGGAGCAGGCGGGGAGACAAAGGGCAGCGGGCAGGGGGGCCCCCGCGCCCUCGUCUCCCCUGCAGACCCCGCCAUUGUCUCCCUAGGAGCUUCAGAGGGGAUGGAGACCAACACCCGGCUAGCCGGCCUGCUGGAGGGACAGGGUUGGGGCCCAAGCCCCUCUUCUGCGUGGAUCCCAGGGGAAGGCAUUUGGGUGAGCCAAGCCCAACAGGACGCAGCGAGGGUCAGGGAUCCUGAAGGCGCAACAACCUGGGGUCGAGGCCUGACAUGUAGGGGUCCGUGAACAAGUCACCGGUUCUCAGCCUCAGUUUUCACAUUUGAAAAAUGGCGCUAAUAGUAGCCCCUGUGAGGCAUCAAUCAGGUCAUGCAUGUGAAGCUCCUGGCAGAGGCAGAGUGGGGGUCAGUACUCGCUGAAUGAGUAUAACAUGUUAAACUGUUAUUGUUACUAAUUAGGAGGUUGAGUAGGGUAGGCUUGGGGUCAGGAGAAAGGACUUUCUAAGAAUGAGAGCCAGGCAUUCAGAGUGGGCUGACUUACCGAGAAGUGAGCUCCCAGUCUCUGGGGCUUUGCCAGGAGAAGCUGGAGGCCCCCCUGCCUGUUGAAAUGUGGGAAGGGUUCCCACUCCUCUGGCCUCCCUACAUGCCCUCUCCUGCCCACCUCCACCUCCCACAAUUCCUUGGGACUUGGGCUUCGAUGUGACUUCCUCUGGGAAGGCUUGCCUAACCCCAGGGCUGGACAGGGCCCUCCUCCAGCUCCCACAGGCCCCCGUGUUCCCCCUUCAUGCUACUGAUUGCACUGUGUCGUCUAUUUUCACAUCUGUGUCUUUUCCAAAACGUCAGCCCUAGGAAGGCAGGGACCCCUUGGUUUUGUUCACCAUUGUGUUCCCAGCACCAGCAUUGGACCUGGCACUUAAUAGGUGCUCAAUGAAUGUUUGUCAAAUGGAUGAAGCUUUUCAAAAGCUCCUUAGCUUUCCCAUUCCAGCCUCAGAAGGCAGCGGUUCACAGGGUUAGAGGAUAUUCAACUCAUAGAGGUGGGCUAAAGUCAGAGGCCUUUACCUUGUCAGCAAAGAGAAGACAUUAAAUGGCUUUGAGCAGGGGAUUGAUAUGUGUUUGCUCAUGCAUUCAUUCAUUAACUCAUUCAGCAAGCACCUACCAGAUCUCUACAAUGUAUGAAGCUCUUUAUUAUGAGCUAAGGCUCUAGGAUGAAUCAGGCAAGGUUUCUAGAGCUCAGCCCUUGGAGGAGCCGGUGGAAAUAUCUUAG